UCCACCGCAAGCGCCCCUUCUCCCAUAAGCUUCGCCUUGCUCGAAACCCUAAUGCCCCCCGACCCCCCCAUCCCAGACACUUCUAGAAGCAUCUUCCGCGGGCCGGGAGCCCCAUGGACAGCGCGGCCUCGACGAAGGCGUCGGCGGAGGAGGAAUUCUCCGGCGCCGCCUCUGCGAUGCGCGAGCUUGGGGGAGAAUUGUACGAGGAUUUGUUGGCGAAGGCAUCGCUUCACCUGCUUGGGAAGGGUCUUCCGCCUCAAGUCUGGCACCAUGGCUUCAAAAUGAUGCGGCAUCUAUUUAGAUCAAGGAGUGCUACAGCUACUUUAGUGGCAAAGGUAAUUUGGAGUGGUGGAACUUCUCUAUUGGAUGAUUUGCUUUCUCCCGUUACUUAUCUAUCUAAAUCAGGUCCUGACGAUGCUGAGUUGGCCGCCUUCAUUUUAAAGUGGAUUUCAGAUUUCAGAGGUGGCCUAUGUGAAGCAGAUUUACCUGAACUAGAUGAGUUUCUCACAAAUGUCAUGCUUCUCCUUUCGUCAUUGAUCGAGAAACAUUCUGAAUCAAUUAUUGCUGAACGCCCUGACGAGCUCAUGGUAUCAACUGAAAAGGAUGUCUUGACGGUAACUUCUUGCUUGCUUGCUGCAAAUGCGUAUGCGGAGUGGGUUCCAGUGGUUCACCUUGUCAAACAUGGUUUAGUUAAAAGAUGCGAGUCCUUACUUCAUCUCAGUAGAUUCCAAACAUAUGCUUUGAAGUUUUUCAAAAUUCUGUGCCAAAGAAGAAGGCCUCUUACUGUCGCAAAGGAUUAUGAUGAUGCAAUGAGCCAUGUUUUUGAGAUAUUGAUGAGCAUUUCACAAGAUUCUUUGACCAAAGUCGCAGCAUGCUCUGAUUUUAGUAGUGAAAGGGAGCUCAACGUUGCCGAGGGUAUCUGCGACUGUUUGUUUACUCUGGUUUCAUCCAACAUGCAAUGUAUUAUUGCAGAUACCAUUAAGACCUCCUGUUUCCUUCGACAGAUGCUGGAAUAUUACCAACAUUACAAGAUUGCACUUCAUUUUCAGUCCUUACCAUUUUGGCUGAUGGUGCUAACCGAGGGACCUAAAGAAUUUUUUUUAGCCGCUGACCCUGCGGAUGUUGCUUCUUCAGCUGGGACAAAUUCAGCAGAAAAGGGGAAUAUUGGAACAUUUUUAUUUUUUAGCGAUGAUAUAUGCAGUGUGAUUCUGGACAUUUCAUUUAAAAGAAUGCUCAAGACACCUGCAACCAUAUUACCAAACUCGUUAGAGUUAUGGAGUGAUGAACUUCAUGGAAAGAAUGGCUUCAUACAGUACCACUCCAGACUGUUAGAUCUCAUAAAAUAUAUUGCUUAUCGAAGACCAAUCCUUGCCGCCAGCAAAGCUGCACAUAGAAUUAAUAGCGUCACUGGAGAUGCAAGCACUGUAUCACCCCCCCCCAAGGAUUUGGCUGCAAUUGAAAGUGCACAGCUAGUGCUUAACACGGUUGUCAAUGCAAUAUUUGAUGAUUCGAUUGAGAAUGGAGAGAUCAUUCUGGACACACAAUUUUCAUUGCUCAGGAUACACCACAUAUUUGGAGAUCUACUUGCUCAGCUUCUAUCUUUGAAGUGGAUGGAACCAAGACUGGCUGUUAUCCUUGGACACUACUUGACUGCGUUUUGCCCUUACCUGAGGCGUCAUCCACCUGUAGUUCCUUCAGUUGUGAAAAAACUUUUUGAACUGUUGUCAUCAAUCACUGCCAGCUCUCAUGAUCUUUCAACAGCCCAGAGUGCCCAAUCGCAAAUAUGUUCAUGUAUCAUUCGCGUAUGCAAAGCUGUUGAUAGCACUGCUCUUCCUUCAGAUAUGAAGGAUUUCUUCUCUCCUUACAUCACCGAAGAAGAUGUGCUAGCCUUUGGGAUGCUAGACAGAGCAAAUUAUUCCAUCGAACAGAACAAAGGGGGAGAUGGGAGUCAAGACAGACGCACUAUUGACCCCUUCUGUAGAGGCAAGAGUUCGAGCCUAAGUUCUGAAUCUGAAAUUAAUGCUGGAAGUUCUAGCAGCUGUUCUCUACCUCGUACUCCUUUAAUUGGGGAAUCUUAUUGUUCUCUUCCUACACAAAGGCAAGUGCCUCAUAUGAAUCGGGAACUUCAAAAUUCUUCUACUUCUGUGAAGCAAGUGGUCAAUGACACCGAUAAAUCAAGAUUGGAGGCCCUGGCUGUUAACAAUCUUGAUGAUCAAGAAUACGAUCCUGUUCAGGGUAGUGCUACUAGUAAUUUGGAAAGAUCCACCGAGUCUUUUGUGCCAAAAUGGCUGGGUAAGUUUAAAGUAACGCCAGGCUAUCAAGGAAAGGCCAAGCUACUUCUUUGGGAGCAUAAUCUCCUGUCUGAAGCAUUCAUCAGUGUGACGGCCUGCCCUGGGAUUGAAUGCAAGAAGCAGUUGCUUAUGUCUCUGUUGAACCCUUUGAACAAAAUUUGGACCCAGCCAGAGUGGGAUGAAGAAUACAUGAGUUAUGCAUAUCGUCUACCUGGCCUUCUUUGCAAUGAUCAGUUUAUGAAGACAAUAUGUUUGUUGGUAGAGUCAUUUGAGGAGGAGAUCAAAGGAAGCAAAAUUGAACAUUCUACGGGAACACAGGAAAAAUGCCGUCCAACAUCAACUACCAAUUAUCUGUACUCAUCUACCUUUCCACAACUAAUGCUUGCCCUGCUCUUACGGAUCCUUCAUUUUAUACACAUGGCUUGGAUGGAUCACUCUGCGUAUGAUCUGCCAGAAAUUGUUAGAAGAGCUAAACUCAUGAGUACCAUGGAGAUAUCCACUUUUCUAGCGGAGAAUAAUACUUUACCUGACAAUGAUGGAGUCGACGCUAUUAGGGUGGAUGCUAUCGGAACAUGCUUGCGUAAAAUUCGAGAGACUGGGUACAAUGUCAUAGGCUUGUGCGCGAAUGUUGGAAGAUCAAUUUUCGAACUGGACAGUUCUCUUUUCAACCACGCUCUUGUAGCGGAUAUAAGCAUCAUGGAAUUUGAUCAUUUGGGGAAACUUAUACAGCUCACCUUCAUUCCAUUAGUCAGAUAUUGCCCUCGAGAACGUUGGGAUGAAUGGGUGCUGUUGUUGUUGGAAUAUUUAUUUUUCUACUGUGAAGAUAUCUUUCGUUAUGCGUGGCUCAGUCUUAUACACGAGGGCCGAGCUAAAGUACCAGCUUUCUUUGGUGAUCUAUAUGGACCAGAAGAAAAACUCAAGAAAUUAGAAGUGGAGCUACUGAUUAAGUUCACUCGUUCUGUAUCUUCUUUGCUCAAGGUCUUAGCAUCAGAAGAACUUAAUAGCGGCCUUCCGGAUUUGAAUUGUCCAAAGUCUGACUUGAAAUCCAUAUCUUCCAGCUCUCUUAUGGGGUAUCUUUUACUUCACAAUUGCUUUGGGAGGUUUAGUAUGUACUUGUUUGGGUGUUUGGUGGAUUAUCAAUCAGCUAAGGAAGCACUACCCUUUUUUCAUGCAUUGAUCCGCCUUGCCGUUGCUACUGAUGAUGAGAGACUAAAACAGUUUAUUCUGAAUGAAAUGCUUCCAACUCUUGUCCGGUUUGAUGAUAGGAGUCCCCCAAGUGGAAUCUCACGGUUAAAAUCGGAGUCAAAUUCAGGCAUAGAAGUGAGUUCUAUGAAGGAUAUUGUUUGCCUUUGUCAGGAAAUAUACAACGUUUACUUACAAAAUCAGGUUACUAUGACGAAUGGCGAAAUGGCAGACAGAAAAACCUGUGCGGAUGGAUUCAUCGAUUGGCUCAAUAAGGAAUUGAAGGAUCUUCAUUAUCGUGCGUCUUUGCCUGCUCCAGAUAUUUUCCCAAAGCACGUUGUGUGGAAUUGGGAGUUCAACGAAGAAUUUGACAGAUAUUUUCCUACCUAUAUGGAAAUGUUGCAUGAGGUGGAUACAAUGAAUGACUGUCUGGAGCAUAAAUUUUUAAAUGGUGAUGCUCUUCUUGAGAGAUUGAAUCCAGAGUUUAAGGCAAAGUAUGCCAUUAACAGCUUGCAACAUCCUCAUUUGCGAAUCAUGUCCCGUAUGCUACAGAGAAAGGAGUAUGAUGUAUGCUAUCGGCGACGUACUGAAGAGAUCUACGAUUUUUUGGUCGAACUUAUCAAUUUGAAACCUUACGUUAAGCAAACUGAUUGUUCGGAUGAUGUUAUGGAUCGUCUUGUGGAAAGCUGUCAACCACAAUCUGAUCUUUGGCGAAGUUAUGCACUAAGGGCAGUUGAUAUUUUCCUUGAUUCGUUGUUGAUUUUCUGGGAGCCUCAGUUUCAUCCCUUGAUACGUGAGCGCCACAAGGAGCAACUGCUAAUAAGUGCCCGUGAGUUAGCUGAAGGGUGUGCAAUUAUUGAGCCACUGGAACCUGACCCUGAUGAUUUCUUGGCGCACUUGCGGCCAUAUGCAUCGGUAUACUUUGAGAGUAAGAAGGAACAGUUUGGGUAUUAUACAGCGAAAAAACAAGUACGUCUGCAUGAAGAGUUCGAUAAUUAUUUGGCUACAUGCACAUGGGAUGAUGCUAUUGACUUGUCUUCUUUCAUGGAAAGUGCUCGUAGAGAUGAUGAGAAGUUUGCAGAACUGGAUCCUGAUCUUGCCAAAAUGUCCUUUGAGCGGAUGACCAAUAUUGCUGAGCGGAAACACAAAAUGAACUCUUACACUCAGAGUUUGAGAGAUCUUAAUGAUGAGGUGAAAGGUCAACUUGCAAGCUUGAUGGAUUUGCUGGAUGAAGAAGGCUUUUUCAGUACUGAUGAUUCUUCUAUUGAUUGGGAUAAAGAAUCAUUUAAGAAAUUAUUGGAUCAAUUUAAUGCUUUGACUGGGCAUUGCUUUGAUGGAUGUUAUGCAAUCCAAGCAAUAAUGGAUCUUCAAAAAUUCUUACCAAGAAAAGAUGAUGACACAUGUCAUGACGCUGUUAAAAUGGUUGAUUAUGCAAACGAGGUGUGGAAGGCAAAUCUUGAGCAUUUUUGGAGGGACACAAGGCAUUAUGAACAUAAAUACUACGACAUGCUUAGACAACCUCUUGAGAAGGUGUUUAAAUCAAGCGAGUCUGUAUCAAUGAGACCCACGUAAUAGGAUCACAUCAACUGCAGAUAUCAGAUUCUGGGGAAACCAGAUCGAGCAACACAAGCUCAGGGCAGAAGAUGCUAUCAAUUUUCAUGGCACACCCUUUUUAGCUAUGUGUUCUUUUAGAGCAUCUUUUUCAUGUGGCGUUUAACAUGCUGCUCUGGGGAUGGAUUGAAUUAUGCGAAAAGUUGUGUUGCUGGAUGAUCACCUAAUAGUUCGGAGUGUUCGCACGGAUGCCUCUGGAUCUUUAUUAGUAGUAAUAUACAGUAGUUUUUUUUAGCAUCUUGUGAGAAGUUAGUGAUAGAGGAGUUUGUUGUAUCUGUAUUUCAUCCACGGAAAAAGAGGCUUGGGCAA